AGAACAAGAGAAAAGAAAGCACAACAUUCCACCGGAAGGGGGAAGACCGGAACGGAAGAGGCCAGUACUGUACGUAAGAGAUCGAAUUCGUGAUCGAGAUAGAAGAUUUGUCUUUCUUCAGCUGAAUCACAACCAUAUCAUAAUUUUCCUCUCCAGAUCCAAACAUCUCACUGAAAUCCCCGCGAAAUUCACCCAUCGGAUCAUCUAAUUUUGCCCAGAUCACUAUUCCAACUGCAGCUUCUCCUCGCCCCGUCUCAUUCAAGCUUCUUUCUCCUUCAUCGCACUUCAAUCAGAUCGACCCCCCCCCCCCUCCCCUCAUCAUGAAUCCCUUCUCGUCUGGAACGCGUCUCAGGGAUAUGAUUCGGGCUAUACGUGCCAGCAAAACUGCAGCAGAGGAACGCGCUGUUGUUCGAAAAGAGUGUGCCGCUAUUCGUGCAGCAAUUGGUGAAAAUGAUCAAGACUUAAGGCAUCGUAAUCUGGCAAAGCUCAUGUUCAUUCACAUGCUUGGUUAUCCUACACAUUUUGGUCAAAUGGAGUGUUUGAAAUUAAUUGCAUCAGCUGGAUUUCCGGAGAAGAGGAUAGGUUAUCUUGGCCUUAUGUUGCUUCUUGAUGAAAGACAAGAAGUUUUGAUGUUGGUCACAAACUCGUUAAAACAAGAUCUCAAUCACUCCAAUCAGUAUAUAGCGGGAUUAGCUCUGUGUGCGCUAGGAAAUAUAUGUUCUGCAGAAAUGGCCCGUGAUCUUGCACCUGAAGUUGAAAAAUUGUUGCAAUUUCGGGAUCCAAAUGUUCGUAAAAAGGCAGCUUUGUGCUCUAUAAGGAUUGUUAAAAAAGUUCCGGAUUUGGCUGAAAAUUUUAUAAAUGCAGCUGCUUUAUUACUGAAAGAAAAGCAUCACGGAGUUCUAAUUACUGGCGUCCAGCUUUGCGUUGAGUUGUGCAAAGUCAGUGAAGAAGCCCUUGAACAUUUUAGAAAGAAAUGCACGGAGGCGGUGGUCAAGUCUCUCAAGGAUGUAGUGAACAGUUCAUAUACACCUGAGUAUGAUAUCUCAGGGAUUACAGACCCAUUCCUUCAUAUUAAACUGCUGAGGCUUCUGCAUGUAUUGGGUCAAGGAGAUGCAGAUGCUAGUGAUUUGAUGAAUGAUAUCCUUGCUCAGGUCGCAACAAAAACUGAGUCAAAUAAAAACGCAGGGAAUGCAAUCCUGUAUGAAUGCGUUGAGACCAUUAUGGGUAUUGAAGAUAGUGGUGGCCUACGUGUGCUUGCUAUCAAUAUCCUAGGGAGAUUCUUAUCAAACCGUGACAAUAAUAUCAGAUAUGUUGCUUUAAACAUGCUGAUGAGGGCUAUUACUGUAGAUACACAAGCAGUGCAGAGGCACCGAGCCACGAUCUUGGAGUGUGUUAAGGAUUCUGAUGCUUCCAUCCGCAAGAGAGCACUUGAACUUGUAUAUUUGCUCGUGAAUGAAAGUAAUGUGAAGGCCUUGAUAAAAGAGCUUGUAGAAUAUCUGGAAGUGAGUGAUCUGGAUUUCAAAGGGGAUCUUACAGCUAAAAUUUGCUCAAUUGUGGAAAAGUUUUCUGCUGAGAAAAUUUGGUACAUAGAUCAGAUGCUGAAAGUUCUCUCUGAGGCAGGAAAUUAUGUGAAGGAUGAUGUUUGGCAUGCCCUGAUUGUUGUGAUAAGCAAUGCUUCAACUCUCCAUGGAUACACUGUACGGUCUCUAUACAGAGCAGUCCAAACUUCAGGCGAUCAGGAAUGUCUUGUUCGAGUGGCAGUUUGGUGUAUUGGCGAAUAUGGAGAGAUGUUAGUCAACAAUGUCGGGAUGCUCGACAAAGAAGCCCCAAUUACCGUUACAGAGUCUGAUGCUGUUGAUGUUGUAGAAACUGCAAUAAAGUGUCAUAGCUCAGAUCUGACCACUAAAGCAAUGUGCUUGAAUGCUCUACUAAAGCUAUCUCUUCGUUUUCCUGUCUGUUCAGAGAGAAUAAAAGCCAUGUUUAUUCAAUAUAAAGGGAGCAUUGUGCUUGAAUUGCAGCAGAGAUCAUUGGAAUUUAAUUCAAUACUUGAGAGGCAUCAGAAUAUGAGGUCUGUGCUUGUUGAAGAAAUGCCUGUUCUUGAUGAGGCAACAUAUAUUGGAAGAAAAACAGGGUCCAUGAUAGCAGAUGCUACUGCUUCACGAGGAUCUGCAAUUAAUAUUUCAAAUGGAAUGGCUAAACCCAGUGCUGCACCCCUUGUUGAUUUACUUGAUCUAAGCUCAGAUGAUGCCCUAGUGCCUAGCCCGUCUGGUGGUAAUUUUCUCCAAGACCUACUUGGUGUUGAUCUAUCAGCAUCUGUCUCUCAAUCAGGUAGUAGUCAGGCUCAAAAAAGCGGCACUAAUGCCCUAUUGGAUCUUUUAUCAAUUGGGAUGGCUCCAUCUCCGGUUCAAACCAACUUAGUUACUGAUAUCUUGUCAUCUGGACAAGAUAACAAAGCUCCUGCAGGUUUAUUGGACAGCUUAGCUUCUCAUUCUUUGGCUUCUAUACAGCCUGCCUCUCCUGCUACUAAAUCUCCUAUGAUGAAUUUGUUAGAUGGUCUUGGUCCUAGCACAUCAGUUACUGCUGGAAAUGGUCUUGUUUAUCCACCGCUAGUUGGUUUUGAAAGCAGCUCGUUGAAAUUAACCUUCAACUUUUCUAAACAACCUGGAAAUCCUCAGACAACGCUAAUCCUGGCCACUUUUACGAACAAGUCGAGUACGCCAUAUACAGAUUUUAUUUUCCAGGCAGCUGUUCCAAAGUUUCUUCAAUUACACCUUGAUCCAGCUAGUGGCAAUACACUCCCUGCAAACGGUAAUGGAUCAAUUACACAAAAUUUACGUGCUACUAACAGUCAACAUGGCAAGAAAUCCCUUGUGAUGCGGAUACGGAUUGGUUACAAGUUGAACAACAAAGAUGUAUUGGAAGAAGGACAAAUCAGUAAUUUCCAACGUGAUUUGUAAGGUUUGGUGAUUUGAAUUGGCAUUUUCCCCAUCUGCAGAGGUAGAAUGUCCUUUUUGUCUUUUUGUACUUGAUGUUUGAACAGGUGCAGCCUAUUUUCAGUGAAUUUUAGGGAUAGUAACUCCCAAUAUGUUCCUUCUCUAAGAAAUUAAAGAAGGUUGUUCAUGUACAUUAUUAUCAUGGAAAAAAGAUCAAACCUUAUAGGAGAAAAGAAAGCAAAAUUUUUGCAAAAAGAUCAAACUUUUGUGGAAACUGAGUUUUUGUUUGCAAGAACUUUUGCUUCUAAAAAGACUUGCUUUUGUUGUUUAAUAGGGAAGAAAAAUGUUAU